AUGAAAUGUGAUAAAGCUCUCACCUACCUAAGAAUUUUCGGGACGACAAUGUUUGGAGUCUCGCUACUUGUGGGAAUUUCUACCGCCUACAUCAUGGGCUACCAGUUUUUCACCACGGCACGAAACCACUUGUCCUUCGGGCUGUACGGGGCCAUCCUGGUCAUCCACCUCAUCAUCCAGAGUCUGUUUGCUGUCCUAGAACACCGGAACAUGAGGAGAUCCCUGGAGACGCCCAUCAAACUCACCAAAUCACUGGCCCUGUGCAUUGCAGCCUAUCAGGAGGACCCGGCCUACCUGAGGAAGUGUUUGGUAUCGGUCAAGAGGUUGACCUACCCGGGCAUCAAGGUCAUCAUGGUGAUCGACGGGAAUAACGAGGAAGACAACUACAUGAUGGAGAUCUUCCGGGAGAUCAUGGGGUGGGAUAAAGCCACCACGUACGUCUGGAAAAAUAACUACCACCACCGGGGACCUGAGGAGACGGACCAGAUGUACGCUGAGAGCCUGCAGGCCAUCUCGCGCCUUGUGCUCAAUAAUAAAUGUGUCUGCAUCAUGCAGAAGUGGGGAGGCAAGAGGGAAGUAAUGUACACAGCCUUCAAAGCCCUGGGGAGGAGUGUGGACUAUGUUCAGGUGUGUGACUCUGACACUAUGCUGGAUCCUGCGUCCUCUGUGGAGAUGGUGAAGGUUCUGGAGGAAGACCCCAUGGUGGGAGGAGUGGGAGGAGACGUCCAGAUCCUGAACAAAUACGAGUCCUGGAUCUCGUUUCUUAGCAGCGUCCGUUACUGGAUGGCCUUCAACAUCGAGCGGGCGUGUCAGUCCUACUUCGGCUGCGUCCAGUGCAUCAGCGGACCACUGGGAAUGUACAGGAACAACCUGCUCCACGAGUUCAUAGAGGAUUGGUACAACCAGACCUUCAUGGGCAGCCACUGUAGCUUCGGCGACGACCGCCACCUCACCAACCGCGUGCUGAGCCUGGGCUACGCCACCAAGUACACGGCCCGGUCCAAGUGCCUGACCGAGACCCCCAUCACCUACCUGCGCUGGCUGAACCAGCAGACCCGCUGGAGUAAGUCCUACUUCAGAGAGUGGCUCUACAACGCCAUGUGGUUCCACAAACACCACCUCUGGAUGACCUACGAGGCUGUCAUCACCGGGUUCUUCCCCUUCUUCCUCAUCGCCACGGCGAUACAGCUGUUCUACCAGGGGAGGAUCUGGAAUAUCCUUCUCUUCCUGUUGAUCGUCCAGGCGGUCGCCCUCAUCAAGUCCUCCUUUGCCUCCUGCAUGAGGGGCAACAUCGUCAUGGUCUUCAUGUCCUUCUACUCAGUGUUGUACAUGUCCAGUCUGCUACCGGCCAAGAUGUUCGCUAUCGCCACCAUAAACAAGGCCGGCUGGGGCACGUCAGGGAGGAAGACGAUCGUGACUAACUUCGUAGGGCUCGUUCCCAUAUCGGUCUGGUUCACCAUCCUCUUCCUUGGCAUUAUCUAUACGGUCGUCCAGGAAACCAGAAAAGAUGUUCCUUUUCCAGACUCUGAAAAGAUAGUGUUAAUGGUGGGUGCGAUAGUGUACGCCAGCUACUGGGUCAUGCUGUUGACGUUGUACAUGGUGCUGAUCACUAAAUGUGGCAAGAGGAAGAAAGAACAGCAGUAUGAUAUGGUGCUGGAUGUAUGACAUCUCCCUCCUCAUCCUCCUCCUCCCCUGAAACUCCUCGGUUGGGUCUUAAACGCCACUCUAUUUCCUGCAUAGUGCACUACUUUUGACCAGGGUCCAUACAGGGCUCUGGUCAAAAAGUAACACACUUUUUUUUUAGGGAUCAGGGUGCAGUUUGAGGCGCAGACUAUCUCCCUCUCAACAACGUUUACAAAGUGAAGAAUCUCAAACUGCUCCUUGAUUGUUGGACUCUCGGCGGGUGACGUGAAGUGAGGAUGCCAGGAGAGCGAUAUCAUUGCUGCUGUGACUGACUGCAACAAGAAACUACAGAUAUUUUCUUCUGAAAUAUUAUGAUGAUGAGGUAAAACUCUUGUUGGUGAUGUGUUUUGCCAAAUGGAAAACCACCAAACGGACAUCCUGUUUUUCCACAUAGAUACACAGAGAUGAUAUGCAUAAUGUCCUAUGCACUUUUACGUCUCACUCCCAUUGUGCAUAAUGCUUGACAGAGUCAUUUGAAGAUGAAAUACCUCAGUGGUUAUGCUUUUCAUUGUAUGAGUGAGUGAUCGGGAUGCACCCAGAAAAUGGCUCGUUCUUGAUUAUAACAUAAUUUAUGAUGUUUUUGGUCAUAUUUGUCCUUUUUUUUAUACACAGUUCUUAAUGAAAGUCAAAGCUGGAAUUUCUCAGUUCUUUUGGCCAUGCUGUAUCUGUUGACUUGUUACUUUGUAAGUUACAUAUUAUAUUUUAAUGCCUUUUUAUAUAGACUUUUUAAAAAUUCUAUUUUUGCUUUAAUAACCACCAAAGAUUCUUUAUUUUCAUUCAUUUUUAUAUAAAAUGGAGAGAAAAAAAUGCAUUGUGCAUUCAACUGUUAUAACAAUGACGUGUGUAUCUGACCAAAAAAUGUGAAGUUAACAGCUGGGGUUUUGUCUGCAAUGAUAACAAUAAAAUGCAAUUCUAGGGAUAAGUUA